CAAAAGAACUGGAUUAUCAUCAGUGAAAAGCUACUAUGAAUUAAUAUUGAAAUACCUAUUUUGCUGUCAAAGGAACAGACAGUUAUAAAUUGAAUAACAGAUUUCCAUGGUAACAAAGGGAUCAAUGAGCAAAGAGUGAAAGUUUGCUGAAUGAAUGUAUUUAACGUUAAACGAUAGCUGGAAAAGUUGUAAUUGAAAUUGUGAUCCAAAAUGUCGAUGAAUGAAGAGCUUCAGCUAAAUAGAAUAUGUGUUUCACUGGAAGCAGAGAACAAAGGACGAAGACGAACAGCAUUGGAAGAUAUCAGAAAGUUUAUCGAUGAAAGAAACCUGUCGGAAGAGGAGUUAUUUGAAAUUUGGAACACCAUUCACAGACAGGUAGUUCGAUUGCUGAACGACAACGUGGAGGGUUGCAGAGAUUCGACAAUUAACAUUCUGAAGAGUUUUUUGGAAGUGCUUCCUGUAGACGACAAAAACCUGAUUUAUGUCAUUCCAAUCCUGACAAGACGGUUGGCUUCGCAAGAACUCAUCGAGUCAUCGGAAGAAGUCAGGCUGAAUGCAGUCUCGCUGCUUCGGAUUAUUAUUCGUAACUACAAAAAUCAUUUAUCAGCCUAUAUGGAUGACGUAGUCGCAAUUUUGGCAAAGACCGUCACAGACAGUUAUCCAAAUGUAAAGAAAGAAAGUUGCGAGGGCAUCGCAGAACUGGCCACACUGACCACUAAGGAUUUCUAUUCUCGUUCUGAGAAAUUAAUCAAACCUAUUUUAAGCAAUUUUACGCAUCAACAUUAUAAAGUUAGAGUAGCUUCGGUAAAGGCCAUUGGAGUUGCAGUUCAAUGUGGAAAUAAUAAAACUAUCGAAGAUGUUGCUACGCCGAUGGCUGAAAGGCUGUUUGAUCAGAGCAGUGCUGUCAGAGCAGCUGUCAUCGAAGUGGCAGGACAAUGGUUUCUUGAUUUGAGAGAUCGAUACAGUUGGUGGCACAAACUUAUUCCCCUGCUUCUUACGGGGCUCCAUGAUGAGAUCGAACUCAUCCGGAACAGAGCCAGUGAACUUUGGGACUCAGCAGGGAAAAAGUACUUGGUCGAAAAUGAAUCCGAUGAGAAAUUAAAGGAUAAAAUGGAUUACUUGACAAACGACCUUGAACAUUAUCCAUCUAAUAUUAAGAGGUCGAAUCUUGGAUGUAGAGUAAUAGCUCAGCAAAAUAUGUGCAAACUGGUCGGUGGAAUUGUUCGAGAGCUAGAAGAUUGGAUGGCUGAUAUAAAGGUCCGCUCAGCUCAGCUUCUUUGCGUGCUCGUAUUAAAUAUAGAGGAACACGUUACUCAACAUAUUGAAAAACUAUUGCCUGCCAUGUACAGAGCUUGCAACGAUGAAGACAAGAGGGUUGUACAAAAUAUAGAACUUGCCGCAGAGUACAUGGGAUACUUUGUGCCGCCGGAUAUUUAUUACCACCUGGUUGUACCAACACUCGAGGAGACACCUACUUCUGGACAUCUAAGAGUUUUCGCAGCAAUUUUAAGCACGAGUCAGAAAAAAGCUCUGUUACCAAAAUUGGAGAAGAUCGGUGACUUUCUUCAACAAAGCCAUAUAUGUCAAAGUAGGAAAGUGUCCUACCAAGAGCAAAUGCUACAUUGUUGCGAAUCGCUUAUCUCCGUUUGCGGAGAGAAUUGUUCGUCGAUUGCCCAGGAUCUUUUUACAGUAAUAUUUACAGUGCUGUCGAUGACAACAGAAGAGAUGAUACAAAAGGAAGCGAAGAGACUUUUGGAGGCUCUCGUGCUUGUGGAAAAACUUGACAAUUUGGAAGAACUUUUUUCCUGUCACUUGAGGCCUCUUCUUAUGAAUAUUCGACCUACUUGUCAGUCAUGGACGAUGCAUAGCGAAGAGUUCAAAAUUUUCCAAACUUGCCUUAACAAAGCUAGUCGCGCAUCCGCUAAUAAUUCAGACCUAGUGCUUCCCAUUCUGACAGAAACGACGAGCAAUGACGCAGAUCCUGAAGUCAGGCUGAAACAAUUCUUCUUACUCUCAGACUUCCUGAUACGUAGAGAUGAGUCGCUUCGAAGCAUGGAAAAUCUUACGGAAUUUGUUGACGAGAUUCUUGAGAAAACUAUAAUGCAAGGUCUAGUCUGGUCAGCUGGCAGAGCUGCAGAAGUUAUUAGAACAGCUGCCGUUGCAUGCCUAUGUGCACUUCUCAAUGACACUGAGAUCGGAGAAACAGGAAUAGUUGCAAAUAAAGCAGGCACAGAGGGAAAAGAAGGAGAAUGUGAAGUGAGCUCUGGAAACAUGGAGGAGGAACAAGUUAGGUUAUUUCCAGAUGCGGAUCGCUUCUCUUAUAUCUUUGAAAAAAUCAUGCCUAUCUUGGUAACACUUGUUGAUGACAAUGCGAAGAAGACUAGGCUUUACUCACUAAAAGCUAUUUGGUUACUCAUGGAAGUAGGACAGAAAUUGGAAUGUGUUACGGAAGAACAUAUUCACAAGACGUACCCUGUUAUUUUGAAAAGACUUGAUGACGGAGCUGACUUUGUUCGAUGUGCAGCUGUAGAAGCUCUCAGUCAAGUCUGGAAGAGCACUCCUAAAAACUACGACCUAGAAUUCAACAGAGGUCAUGUUGAUCAUCUCUACACGACUGCUAUUGUCCAUCUGGAUGAUCCCGAUGAAAACUUUCAGAAAUUGAUACUAGAUGCACUGAUGGAAUUGGGAAAAGUCAACCCAGAAUUACUAGCUAUGAAACUUGAGAAAUGUAAAUUAAACUUCAGGAACCAAAAAGGUAUGGAGCAACUUUUAAAACGCUUGUACGAGUUACUUGGACGAAGAUCUUAAGUAUAAAUGAAAUUACUUAGGGGUAUAUAUUAAUUGUACACGAAUCAUUAACCAACUGAAUUUUCUAAAAAUAUGAAAGGAAUACUGUAUUAGUAUAUAUAGUUUAGUAAACCAUUAACUCAUCUAUAGGUAUAAAGUUAUUGCGUGUUAAAAGUUAGAAAACUGCAACUUUUUAUUUAAAACCUCAUUUUGCCUUAUCUACAGAAUCAUGUUAGAAAUAAAGUUAUAUUGUAAAAAAUUUAA